CUCUCCGAGACGCUCACGAAAGACUGCGCCUUGCCGUAGGCAGCUGCACAUCGCACCCCCACUGUUCCCUUCAUCGCCUCAAGAAGUGCGGCUCUUGGCUGGCAGAAAGUGUCUGAACAAGCGUUUCGUUUCGACCUUCUCGAAACGUAUUUAUAACGAGGAAAGCUUCUGCUCGUCCAUACCUUUCCGCCCACACCCGGCUCACCUGCCGAUUUCUCGCCAGAGGACGAGAGUUUUAAAAGACAGGAACGCCCUCUAUACACACCGGCAUCACUCGACUCCCUGGUAGCGGACUACCGCGCUCCCUCGAGCCUCGCGACCUGAAUUCGACGGAUCCGAUUGACCUCCCGCCUCUACAUACACUCUUCGCAACAAACGCUCCACCGCAAUGGACAUCACCCAGUCCUCCCGCCUCCACUUCCACAUGCCCUCUCCAACCGCCGAGGAGAAAAUAUCCCUCGCCGCCAGCAGCACAGUCUACACAUACCACUGCCUCUGCACGCACCUGCUCCUCGCCACAACCACUCCUCUUCCCUCCCUACCAACGCGCGAACACUCCUGCGACAAAGCCCAUAUAAUGCCGCUGCCCCCGCCACCCACCGCGUCCACCAGGGCUGCGAAGGCCGAGCUGCCUCGAUCGGAUCACUAUGGACUGCUCCUGUCCACGCGGCUAGACGCUAAGCCCGAGAUGAUAACGAGCGAUGAGGGCUUCGAGAAGCGGUACCUUCAGCGGUGUGGACGGUGCAAUCUCGUGGUUGGAUACCAGUUGGACUGGCAGCAGUUCGCGGGAGACCGGACCGGUCGACGCGAGGAUCUCGUCUUCCUGCUUCCGGGCGGCUUCGUCUCGACGAGCGAGAUGGUCAUGGGGAAGACGCCUUCCCAGGGCAGCAUUGGCCUGGUUGGCGUCGCCGAGGUCAAGGCUUGAUUGACUCGCUUCCCGCCUACACAGCAGAAGGAGCCUGGAGUUGAUUUUACGAAUCUCAUUGGCAUGUAAAGAUUACGACAGUCU